AUGGAGACGUUAAAACAAUACCUCAAUUUGCCAUUUAGAUGCCAUCUACUAGCAGGUGCUCUAAUACGGUUCAUACUAAUCCUCUAUGGAGACUUUCACGAUAAAAUUUAUGAUGUUCCAUACACGGAUGUCGACUACAAAGUGUUCUCGGACGCUGCGAGACACGUCGUCAACGGUAACUCUCCAUACCAACGUCAUACAUACAGAUACAGUCCCUUAUUGGCGUACCUAAUGGUACCAAAUAUUGUAAUAGCUAAGAAUUUCGGUAAAGCCCUCUUUUCAAUUUUCGAUUUGUUAGUUGCAUUUGCUAUAAAAAUAUUAGUUGAACACCAAUUCGAGACGAAGGACAAAGGGAAGUCUUCAAAAAUUGCUGUUUGCUGUUCAUUGUUUUGGCUAUACAAUCCUAUGAGUAUUGGCAUUUCGACCAGAGGCAAUGCAGAUUCUGUUCCCUGCUUUUUUAUAAUACUAUCAAUUUUAUUCUUGCAAACAGAUAUCGUAAAGGGUUUGCUAAAGUUUGCUUUAUCUGGCAUUUUGUUGGGCAUUUCAAUACAUUUGCGGUUAUACCCCUUGGCAUUCAGUUUUCCCAUGUAUUUAUCUUUGGGUGCCUAUAAAAUCAGUCGCAAAACUAGUAUCAAAACUGGUUUCGUAUCUUUAAUGCCAAAUAAACAGCAAAUCGUUCUCACUUUCAGUUGUAUAACAACUCUAUUCUUUCUUACAUACAGUAUGUACGUUUUGUAUGGCUAUGAAUUCUUAUUUGAAACAUACAUUUAUCAUCUAUUUAGGAAGGACACAAGACACAAUUUCUCUGUGCUUUUCUAUUAUUCGUACUUAACAAUGGACCAGUUGUCGUUUGAUAUUGUGAAAACCGUUUCCCAGGCAUUCGAGUGUAUAAUUUUAUUUAUAAUUAGUUUGACAUUCGGUUGUGAUCCUAAGACGCUUCCCUUUGCUUUAUUUUCACAGGCAGUCGUGUUGGUCGCUUUUAACAGUGUGAUGACGUCACAAUACUUUGUUUGGUUUUUGUCUCUUUUGCCAUUGGUUGUUCAUAACUUGAAGAUAAUUCCAGCGAAAGCAUUAAUUCUGGCCAUUAUAUGGAUUUCCGCGCAAGGUGCUUGGUUGUUUUAUGCGUAUUUAUUAGAAUUUAAAUGUAGGCAAGUUUUCAUAUUUAUAUGGUUGAAGAGUGUAGUUUUCUUUUGCGCCAAUAUAUUUGUAUUGGGUCAGCUUAUAAAAAGCUACACGAUUGGCUAUGGCUUCGGCCAUUUUAAUGUUGCCACUGAUAUAAAAAAUAAGUAGGAACCUAGUAUUAGUUCUAUAUAGUUAUGUUUUGUAGAUAGAUUUAUAAUGGCAUUUGUCAUGAAAUAAAACAUGGAAUAAAACGUU